AUGGCCAAUGCACUGCCAGGCCAGAAAGCCGGCGAGGUCACAGCGACGCCGAAUCCGUCCGAGUUCCAUGUGUACGGCCCGCGACACCUGUCGUCCCCCAGCUGGUGGGAUCUCCUCCGUUCGAGCUGGAAGGAUCCCAACUACCGGCGGAUGGUGAUCGCGUGCUUCAUCCAGGGGGUGUACCUGCUUGAGCUGGACCGGCAGGACAAGCGCGACGAGCGCACCGGCCUCGCGCCGCAGUGGUGGCGCCACUUCAUGUACAGGCUCUCCCAGACACUGGUCGACGAGCGCGAUGGCUCCAUCUACGGCGCGGUGCUCGAGUGGGAUCGCCGGGCCCUGCUAGCUGGCUACGCGCCGUUCCGCCCCGCCGGCGCGCCGGCCGCCGUCGUCGCGCUGCGCGGCACGCUGCUGAGCGGGGCCACGUUCCGGCGCGACGUCGUGGACGACCUCCGGUUCCUGGCCUGGGACAGCCUCAAGGGCUCGGUGCGGUUCGCCGGCGCGCUGGCCGCGCUGCGGUCCGCGGCGCGCAGGCACGGCGCGGGGAGCGUGUGCUUGGGCGGGCACUCGCUGGGCGCCGGGUUCGCGCUCCAGGUGGGCAAGGCGCUGGCCAAGGAAGGCGUGUUCGUGGAGUGCCACGUGUUCAACCCGCCGUCCGUGUCGCUGGCCACCAGCCUCAGGGGCUUCGCGGAGACGGCCGGCGAGGUGUGGGGUCGCGUGCGCGCGUGGCUGCCCUACGUGGGCUCAGCGGCUGCGGCUGCGGCCCCGGCCGCGGCGGACGCGAGCGGGGAGGCCAAGGAAGUGUCGCUGGAGCGCGCGGGGACGGCCAAGUGGCUGCCGCACCUGUACAUCAACACCAACGACUACAUCUGCUGCUACUACACCGACGCGGCGGCCGGGACGGCGACCGUGACGGCGAGAGGAGGAGGAGGGAGCGGGAGCAGUAAGGCUGCUGGAGGGGACGGUGGCAUGGGCAAGCCGGGGCUGGCGAGGAUGGUGACGGUGUCCAAGGGGCCGACCAAUUUCCUUGAUGCGCACGGGCUGCAGCAGUGGUGGGCCGACGACGUGGAGCUGCAGGUGGCGCUCAACCACAGCAAACUCAUCGACCGCCAGCUCAGGUCGCUCUAUGCCGCGCAGCCGGCCUCGCCGCAAGGGAGCCUGUAG